CCCUCCCUGUCUCAGCCCCACCUCCCUGCCGGCGGCGUCGAGAGCUGAGUAGCGGAGCGUCAUCCAUCCGCCGCCUCUCACUAGUUGAGUUGAAUUGUCAGUCAGAAGGAACGCCCCGCCCUCUGGAGUGUCCCUCCCAGGCUCUGCCCUGCCUGUUUCAUUCCGUGCACGGUGCCGAGGGGGAAGUGUCUCUGGCGGAGGAGAGCUGCUGGCUGGUGCAGAGACUAACGCAGGUUCAAGUCCUGGGGCAGCAUCACACAGGGGGCAGCAGGAGGAGGAAGAGGUAGCAGCUCCUGCCCUGGUGAACUAUAAGAAAUGCUCUCCCGAUUAAGAGUAGUUGCCACUCCCUGUGCAUUGGCAUGUCGCACCGUGCACACAAAAGAAAAAGGCAAGCCGCUGAUGUUAAACCCAAGAACAAACAAGGGCAUGGCCUUUACAUUACAGGAAAGACAAAUGCUUGGGCUCCAAGGACUUUUACCUCCUAAAAUAGAGACACAAGACAUUCAAGCCUUACGCUUCCAUAAGAAUUUGGCAAAAAUGAGUGACCCCUUGGAAAAGUAUAUCUACAUAAUGGGAAUCCAAGAGAGAAAUGAAAAAUUAUUCUACAGGAUAUUACAAGAUGAUAUUGAGAGGUUAAUGCCAAUAGUAUAUACACCGACAGUAGGUCUAGCCUGUUCCCAAUAUGGACAUAUCUUUAGGAGACCAAAAGGAUUAUUUAUUUCUAUCUCAGACAGAGGUCAUAUUAGGUCAAUUGUGGACAACUGGCCAGAAACUGAUGUUAAGGCUGUUGUAGUAACUGAUGGAGAGAGAAUAUUAGGUCUUGGAGAUCUGGGUGUCUAUGGAAUGGGAAUUCCUGUAGGAAAACUAUGUUUGUAUACAGCAUGUGCUGGAAUACGGCCAGAUAAAUGCCUGCCUGUAUGUAUCGACGUUGGAACUGACAAUCUAACCCUAUUAAAAGAUCCUUUUUACAUGGGCCUGUACCAAAAAAGAGACCGCUCACAGCUUUAUGAUGACCUGAUUGAUGAGUUUAUGGAAGCCAUUACAGACAGGUACGGCCAUAACACACUUAUUCAGUUCGAAGACUUUGGGAAUCAUAAUGCUUUCCGUUUUUUGAGGAAAUACAGAGAGAAAUAUUGCACCUUCAAUGACGACAUUCAGGGGACAGCCGCAGUGGCCUUAGCGGGAAUGCUGGCAGCACAGAAGGUUGUUGGGAAAGCAAUCACAGAGCAUAAAGUUUUGUUUCUUGGAGCAGGAGAGGCUGCUCUUGGAAUUGCAAACCUCAUUGUUAUGGCUAUGAUGGAAAGCGGUAUUUCUUCAGAGGAAGCGUAUAAGAAAAUUUGGAUGUUUGAUAAAUACGGCCUGUUGGUUCAGGGCCGAGAACAAAAGGUAGACGCCAAUCAAGAACCAUUUAUGCACCAACCUCCAGACCAGGUGCCAAAGACAUUUGUAGAUGCGGUGAAUGUACUUCAGCCAUCAGCUAUUAUUGGAGUUGCAGGGGCUGGCCGGCUUUUUUCACAUGAUGUGAUCAAAGCAAUGGGUUCCAUCAAUGAAAGACCUAUAAUAUUUGCACUAAGUAACCCUACAGUGAAAGCUGAAUGCACUGCUGAGGAAGCUUAUACAUUAACAGAGGGGCGGUGUUUGUUUGCCAGUGGCAGUCCAUUCGAGCAUGUGGUUUUGAAAGAUGGACGAUCCUUCAAACCAGGCCAGGGAAACAAUGCCUAUAUUUUUCCAGGUGUGGCUCUGGCUGUAGUCCUCAGCAGUGUUCGGCAUAUUAGUGAUAAGGUCUUCCUUGAGGCUGCAAAGGCAUUGACAGACCAGUUAACUAAUGAGGAACUUGCCCAAGGAAGGCUUUAUCCACCACUGUCCAACAUCAAAGAAGUUUCUAUUUGCAUUGCUGUUAAAGUUAUGGAAUUUAUGUACGCAAACAACAUGGCUUUCCAUUACCCUGAACCUGCAGACAAGCACCAAUAUAUACGAUCAAAGGUUUGGAGCUACGAAUAUGAAUCCUUCAUGCCAGACGUGUAUGACUGGCCUCUGGCUACGGCAAAACCAUCUGAAAUGCACUGACAUACAAAAGAUCGCACUCCUCGGGUGCUGUCUUCUACUCUGCAGGGAAUUCUUUUCAGACCAAUUUACGAUAAUGACUUUUGCAACUUGUAACUUAUUUUUCCUCAUUUUGUUGUCUCCCCUCCACCCCUCAUUUUCCUGUGUGACAGAUUUUCCCAUAAGAAUCUGAUUAAACUAUAUUGGUGAUGACUCACAUCACAUGAAUGAUAUAGCUGUCCAAAGUUAAUUUAAAUGACAGUAAUGCUGUAACUCAAGUUUAGAGCCCUCCUCAUACCAGAGAAUUUUUAAAUGGUAUUUUAGCCACAGAAAAAUGAUAAUGAACUGUAUCUCUCCAUCUCAUCAUUGCUGAUUGCCAAGAUAUUUGCUUUUGCUUUUUAAUAAGAAGUCUUCUGUCUAGUUUCUUCAUUGUCAUCACAAGCAAUGAAUUGUGGCAUCACAGAAAGAAUCUGUCAAGAAAAAAGGCCAAAUGUAUCCAAAUGGCAGAUUCUGUUCCAUCUGCAGAACAAAGCUACAUGUGUCCAGGUUUCCAUGCUUCAUUCAGCCACUCUAUUCAGUGGUCAUGCUUUGUAAAUUCUUGGCUGUGGGGAGGCCAGUGUUGUGUGCACAUUUGAAAUUUGCAACAAUAUUUGUACUCUACAGUUUAAUCGUUGUAUGGAAUUUAUUAUUAGAAAAAAUUUUGAAUUAGUUUGAAAAAAGUUAUUCUUGAAAAGUCUGAAAAUCACAUCAUAGUGGAUUUUUUUAUCUAAGCAAAAGAAGGUAAACUAUUGCAGAUUAUUCUACUUUUUGGGGUUCAGUUUAUAAAGCAGUCUACAGAAUCCUUUAUAGUGAGUUGUGGAAGCUACAGGUGGUUCAGUUUAGCUGCAGAACUCAGAAAUUAUCUGCCAAAAGAUUUUGGUUUGAUUUGUUUUCUUUUUAAGGUUCUGUUACUUUAAGAAAACCUCUCAGCAUUGUGUUCUUCCUAGAACUUACAUCCUUUGUUUUCACGUGAGGAGUUUGUAGAGCCAGGUGACCCAUCACUGACCAGAAGUGACUCCAAAACAGAUCUACUUGGUGCUUUGAACAAAGAUUAUUUUCCCUCUUUCUUCUUUUUUCUGUUACUGAUAAAGCUGGAACAGUGGGUGCUGCAGGCAGCUGUUGAUAUGUGCACUUCCAGUGGUUUGACUGCAUGUUUCCUGCAGUCUUCGCUUGAUAGACUCCCAGUAGCUCAGUGUGAAUAGAAGACUCGAAAAGUCUGACUUUCAAAAGUUUUCAAUCGAUCCUUUGUUCCUCUUCAAACCACAUAAUGUGAAUUAAUUUAAUUUCUAUCAAGUUACUCCAUAUGAAAUCAGAAGUUGUGGCCAGAUCAUUGCUAGGUUAGUUCUUUUUUUCUCAUUGAUUCAUUCAGGCUUAGCCUUCUGUUGCAUUGAAGGCCCUGAAUUUGACGUGGGUAUUGUUGUUUGGAUUCCUUCUCGUUUCCCCCAUCUACUGUCUGAGUGAAAUCCAGUUCUGUACGUUAGUAGACACAGAAUGUGGCUAUUGUGGUUGUCUGUGACGUUGUUAAAACCAUCCCCAACAGAGAAGGGAUAACGUAAGACUAGACAAAGGGCACUGUGUGCUUUACUGGAGUUUCGCUGUGUCAAGGAACAAUGGCAGAAAUAAAUACCUCUUCUGGCUGAACUGACAGGCUAGAAGCCAAGAUCCAGAUACAGGAAUAAAUUUACGGACGUUAUAUCCAUGGCAAACGAAUGCACAGGAGGAAGCACAGUUACCAUGUUCCCUUGAAGCGGGUGCACAGCCCCCCCGUCCUUUUAUUGCUUACUCUGUUAUGGUUUUAAAAUAAACAUGGAUUGAUUGAUUGAUUUUAAUCUUUUUAAGAGCAAAAGGUGAGAGGAAGAAAAGUAGAGUUUGCGGUGGAUUUUAACUAGGUGAGGCGAGAAGGCUGUGAUAUUUGGAAAAAGCAGUGAUGGGAAAAUUACUUGACAAUAUACUGAGGUUUUGGUAAAACACGGAGCGUGGAGGUGGCUCUAAAUUCUACGUUGUUGUGUUUUUUGUGAAUUAUGAGGUUCGCAAUUUAUAUAUCUAUAAAAAAGACCAACACGCACAUGGUGUUUUUUACAAAGAAUGCCUUUUCAUCUAUUUUUGCGAUGCUUGCUUUCUAGUGUAUUUAUAAGUUAAUUUAAACUUGAAUCUUAUUCUGGGAUCAUUAUUUAUUUAGUACAGAAAAUAACUGCCAGGUCUUCUGAAAACUCAAAUCUACCAAAGCAUGAAUUGAGAAUGAGUUAUUUGUGUGUAAGUGGAACUCUGCAUCAUUGUAUGAAAGUAAACGUGCAACAAACAUUUCCCCACUCCUUCCAGUGAAAAUAUGAAUUUAACAAAGAAAAAAAUAAGCACUCCAUAUGUUGCCUUCAGGGCAUGGCAUGUGUUGAAGAGGAGUCUUCUGUAUCCUGGGUCAGCAAUGACUGCAGAGAUUGUGUGCUCAGCUAUUGGGGGAAGGUUGUACCUUGUGACUAAAUAGAAACAUACAUAGUUCCAUUUAGGGCCUUAUUUCUCAGAAGAGCUGAGCAGCCACAAUUUAAAGUCAGUGGGAACUGUAGGUACUCUGCACUUCUGAAAAUUAGGCCCUUCAAGAGUGACAUUGACUGACCGCAGUAGGCUGUUGCCCUAGGCUGUAAGGGUAGCAGCUGAUACUGUCAGCCAAAACACAGAAAAAAAUUGGCAGGGACUUCUAAUAAAGGUGUGGACCAGGUUUCCUGUUUUUGCAAAACAUACUCCAUUAUUUUCUUGCUGUCCUUCAUCUGUAGGAGCCAAGAGCAUUACAUUGCUCAAAAGUGACUUGUAGUGGCAUUGACCAGCUAUGAAUGUUUUUGAAACUUCGUCUGAGAUACAAGAAGCCAUUGAAAAGGAGAGGAGGGAGCAUAGCUCUCCUGUCUGAGUCUGUCCCUGUCUAUACUAGAUCUAUAACUGAAACAGAAGACAUAUUUAAAAUACAGUUGUUCCCUGAUCUGGAUACAGAAUGCUUCAAAGUUCUAAUGUAGGUAGGAUCUGACUAUGUCUCUGCAACUGGGUAAGGAUCAUUGAAGUCCAGGGAUUUAACUUAGUUACUAGUACACAGAUCUCAUCUAACUUGCAACUUUUAACUUGUGACCAGGUUUUGUUGUUCAGUUAUCGCUGGAUCAUAACUGGGGCCUAAGAUUAUACAUAUAAUUUACCACCACUGUGUUUUCUGUUUGUGACUGAGAUACUCAGGUAAUCCUACUUUGGAUGCACUUCAUUCUUCCUUUUUAUUAUUUUUAAAUACAUGCUGAAAGGGAUGAGAGAGAUUCUAUGUGUUAUCAUAUUUAAUAAGUUCAUUCAAACUGCCUGAGAGCAUUAAUUAAACUAUUGAAAAUUCACUGAUCUGUCAUCCAGAAAGGAAACCCCAUAGUGUUCAACUUCAUAUUUUAACAUAAUUCUGAUUUUGCUUUGCAACCAUUUUCAAGGGUAGUUAUACACAAUUAUCAAUAAAGGAAAUGAUCUUAAUCCAAAGAAAAAAAAAUUUAUCACUGGUGUUGCAUUCUAUAGCACUGAAUUGUGCAGAAUAGGCACAUACUUCUCUUUAAAAAUCAUUGCUUAGGGCCUGAUCCUGUCCUCAAUCUGCAUACGCUCCCAGUGACUUGUGCACACAGAAGAAAUGCUUUAACUCUCCUCCACUCCCUGUCCUAUACAGUGUUAAGCACUUCUGACACGGUGCUGAGGAUCCUAAGCACCCAUUAAAGGCAAUGGAGCUGAGGGUGCUGAGCUCCGUCCAGGAUUGGUCCCAGUUGUGUUCCCAUUCACAUCAAUGGGACCAGUAUCGGUCCUUUAGAGAACAAAGGAGGGAAACAUCUGUGUUACAGGUGAAAGGAAUGUGCACUUAAAAAAAAAGAAAAAGACUAAGAGAACAUGGCCUAACUUCACAAAAUAUACAUGUUUGCAGUGGUGUUUGUAGCUGAGUUGCUCCCAGGAUAUUAGCGAGACAAGGUGGAUGAGGUAAUAUCUUUUUUGGACCAACUUCUGCUGGUGAAAAGAGGCAUGCUUUCGAGGUUACACAGAGCACUUCAGACCUGAAGAAGAGCCCCGUGUAGCUUGAAAUCCUGUCUCUUUCACCAACAGAAGCUGGUCCAAUAAAAGAUAUUAGCUCAGCCACGUGGUCUCCUGAAAAUAUACAUGCUCAAUAAAAAGCAUUUGAAAGCUUUGUAUAUUUUAUACUACUUUUGGCUAACAACUGUGCGUGAAAGCCCAGUGUUGAAUCUGGUUAAUACAAAAGUGUAACUUGCCACAUACAUUUGUUUUAGACAUAUUAGGAUGUUGCAUGAUGUUCCAUGCAUUUUACAUGCUUUAAUGGGAAAAUGUUGUAAGUGAAGUAUCAUUUCACCCGCAUCAGUAUUUAAUUUGUUUGCCCUAAGCAGAUGAAUUUGUUCUUUGUACUUUUUCUAGCAGGUUUUUAUCGCUAACUCUUUUCGUGUGAAAAUGUAAUGAAGGGACAAAGGACAAGGGCUCCUUUUUACUAAACAGUAGUCUUGUUCUUUAAGGAAUAUUACUGUGAGAGAAUUGGAUUAUUGCCAAGUUAACAGUGGCAUCAUUGCUGUCAUACAGAUACAACCAUGUAUCUCAGCUCAGACUGGAUUUUAAGUAGGCACAAAAAGGCAACUAUCUCCUUUCAUUUAGGUCCUGGUCCUGCUACCAUUUACUUUAUUAGUGCAGGAUCAAACUCUUACUAUCAUUUCAUUUUGUCAUCUAGCAAUCUUUUAGGUAUGAAAUGUGAGAAUAAAAAAAUUCAGACUCUAAUAGUCUCAUGAUCGUAAAUGAUACACCGAAGUUUACAAAUCAUAUUGCUCUCUGUUUUUUUAUAUAAUGCCCACAACUGCCACAAAUGCUGUAUAAGAACUUUCACAACAUCAGUCCUGCACAUUACAUCUAUUUAUCGUAUGAUGAAUGCUGGAGAAAGGGAAAUCAUCGAACUAGCAAAUAAUUAUUGAUUGAACAUACAAAAACAGAUCUGGGCAUUAAUGCCAAACCAGUAGCAUCUCCAGCUUAAUGCUGUUGUAACAUGCCUCUGGUAGAAGAGUCGUCUGUCUAUAUCUGUGUAUUUGUCCAUCUUGACCUAUCUAGGUACUUCUAACAUUCAUGUCUCCAUAAUAUCUCAGUGCCUACAAAUGGUCAGGAUGGCACAUAUGGGACCACCCCAGCAUGCAAUAGGCCUCUUCUUGCCGCUGUUACCUUCUGAAGCACAGUGUUUGGUGCUGAUUUAAAACCUAUGUUCAUGGCAGCUGUUUGACUUGCUAGCUGUCCAAACCCUAUGCACCUGUGUAAGCAUUAGAGGGAAUUUAGCAUACUGUGUACAGAUGGCUUUACAUGCAGUUCUCUUCUGAAAAAUGACUAAGCAUGGCCUCAUGAGGUUCCAUAUUUAUCUCUCUGACACCAAAACAAAUGUGCUCAGUGUACAGGUAGAAAGUUGUUUUUUUUCUACCUACCAGCCCAUGCGCACGCAGCCAGGGAGCUUAGAGUCAUCUCUUCUUGUGCAUGAUCUUCAAGUCUAAUAAAGCGUCUGCCGGGGGAAUUGUGUCUUCACGUUCAACUGUGAACUCGCAUUGCCUUCAACAGGCUUGUACAGGUGUAGCUGACUGAAACUUUUGUACCAGUUGUGUUGCUGAUACAUAAAAUGGAAUAGAAUCCAGCUCAUUUUCUCUUAGCUCCAUUGGCUGUGGCGGACCAGCAGGUGCAAAGACCAUUAAAAAAAUAAAAAGUUACUAUUCACAGUCAGAUCUGCUGAACAUACACAUGGACUGGAUUUAAUGAGUAAGAAAAUGUCAUUUUUACAUUCAACAAAAGUUUCAGACUUUAGUGGGAGCCACAUGUUUCCAGCAGCUUUAAAAUCAGGCCUGAGGUGUCCAAAGUUGUGCACCCAAACAGAGACACAAAAUAGUGAACAUUUCUGAAAACUUCAGACUAGAAAUACACUUUAAGGAGCAAUUUUUAUGAGUCUGGAUGAUUGUAGAGUGCACUUUGGGAAUGAGAAAGGUCCCUUCCAUUUUAGUUUUGAGGGAAGGGGGAGAAGUCUCCCAUUACAUAGGAAACUAUCUUCUUAUAAACUAAUCAGUAAAAUUAAUUGAGGCAGUUUUAAAACAUUUUUAGCAUUAAAAGAUCUAGGCAAAUUCAGCAGGUCUUAUUUAUCCUUACUGAAGCAAAACUCCCAUUGACUUCAGUAAGGAGUUUUACCUGCAUAACCUUCCUGAUUUUCCUGUUUUUUAGAGCCUGAUUCUGCACAAUUGAAGUCAGGAGGAGUUUUAUCAUUGGCUUCAAUGGGAGCAGGGAUCAAGGCCUCUCAUGGAGCACAAACCAUUGUGUUAUAUAGGCAUUCAAUCGUGUUUUCAGAAUUUUGUUCAUCUGUCCUUAAAGAAGUUCCUUUAUAAUAAAAAUGGAAAUCAGAAUUACUCUCCACACUAGGGUUACCGUGCAUUCGGGUUUUCCCGUACAUGACCUCUUUUUUGGUCCACCAAUCUCCAUCCGGGCAGACUUUUGAAAUACGAACAAAUGUCUGUGAUUUUUCCUUGCUCAUCCUUUUUUCAACAUCAGUUCUGGUAGAACUGCAAUUCCUGGAGUGCCCUAACAGUGACAUGCAUGUUUACUGGUUUGCUGCCCUCUGUGCUGCUGCUGGUGGCGGCGCUGCCUUCAGAGCUGGGCAGCCAGAGAGUGGUGGCUGCUGUUCGAGUGCCUGGCUCUGAAGGCAGUGCAGCAGCAUAGAAGUAAGGCUGGCGUGGUAUUGACUGUUGAGUUGCUGAAAGGGAUCCUGCUUGUACAGUGCAACUUCAGGCACACAUCUUGCAAAGACUUCCAUGGCUGCUUGCUGAGCAAUCAGCCAGUGCUGAGAAAGAUAUGCUCUACAGAAGAAUAUGCAUGGGCACAACAGGAAGAAGGCAGUAGAAAAGGAGUGCAUGUAAAAAGGUACAUUUAAAUUUAAUUUACAUUUAUUUUUGAGGCUAUUUAUAAAUGUUAGAUAUUGUUUAUAAAUGUUAGAUAUUCAAAGUAAAAAGAAACUGUACUCUCCUUCCCCUGGUAGUGUCCUCUAUUUGGGAACUUAACAUGUGGUAACCCUACUCCAGACUACACACAGUAGAUCUGCCUGCUUUUCUGGAAUAAAAUAAAUAGCAAAAUUAACUGUUGUCUAUUUCAAACACGAGGUAAAGAAAUCACUCUAUAUUGGGAGUUCUUGUGUGAACAAUUCUAGUCUAGACAAAGGGAAUCUUUAGGAUGUCAAAUUCAAUCUAGGAUUUGAUUGAUUUCAGGAGGGUCAGGGUCAGCUGAAACAAAAAAGUUGUGUUGAAAUGUGAAUUGUUUCUUUUUUUUUUCCUUUUAUAAUAUUGUAAUUGUACUGAGAUGUGUGUUCUGGUCUUCUAUUUUCUUAGUAAAAUGCAUUUUCCUUUGCCCAAA